UCGCAAGACGUACGGAUGACUCGAAUCGUGACAAAAUUUAUUUGUCUAGAUUUUGGGGAUAGAAGGAGAGAGAAAAAAAUCUGUUCUUUUCAGUUACAGAUUCAUAGUAAGAUUUUCGCGGGGAGCGGUCGCUGCCCACACUAUCGUCGAUUACUCAGUAAUCGGACUACCGUUGGCUACGAGUGGAUCGUUCGGCGGUUUUCAUCAAAGGAAAAUAAAUCAAGAUCUCCGAUAUUCGCCGUCAUGCGGACGUAUAAUCAGCUUACUCGGCUUCUGAUCGCCGCCUUUGCCGUUACCGUUGUCAUUGGUCGACCGAAUGAUUCCCGAGUAUCCAAGGACGACGAGGUCAACGUCGAAGACGAGGACAUGCACUUCGAUUCUUUUGACAACAUUCAUGUGAUCCAGACCAGAAGUAUCGAGCGAACCUCAGGCGAAGAUUUCUCAGGAAAAACAGCUAUGGAUUACCAGGACGAGAUCAUGCACCCCUAUCUUCCGGAAGCCGCUCGGAGGACUCCGAGCACAAGGUCAAAUCGCCGCAUGGCUAAUCUUGGAAACGAAAAAACGUCGACUUACUGGAACGAGGACGCACAAUCGGCCUUGAGGAAGAAGAUAAACCAGAAGGAGAACAGGAACAAAGCUAAGAACAUCAUCAUGUUCCUCGGCGACGGAAUGUCCGUUCCGACUCUGAUGGCCGCCAGAACAUACUUGGGACAGCUUCAAGGAAGAAACGGAGAGGAGGAAGGUCUCUAUUGGGAGAAAUUUCCUUACGCGGGAUUCUCUAAGACCUACUGCGUGAACGCGCAAGUCGCGGAUUCCGCCUGUACCUCAACCGCUUACCUCUGCGGAGUGAAAACGAACAGCGGGAUGCUCGGAUUGAACGCGAACGUGGCGAGGAGGGACUGCGAAGCGUCCAGGAAUUCCAGCGACCGUCUUACUUCCAUCGCCGAAUGGGCUCUGGACGAGGGAAUGUCGGCCGGGAUCGUUACCACGGCUAGGGUAACUCACGCGUCUCCGGGUGGAGCUUACGCAAAGAGCGCCGAACGCGAUUGGGAAUGCGACACGGAUCUGAUCAGAGACGGCGUCGAUCCGAACGUCUGCAAGGACAUCGCGACGCAGCUGGUCACCGAACGUCCGGGAAAAGACUUUCAGGUAAUCCUCGGAGGUGGACGUCGCGAGUUUUUGCCAAAUUCGACCGUGGACGACGAGGGUACUCACGGGAAGAGAAGCGACGACGUCGAUCUCAUCGAGAGUUGGAAGCAGGACAAAGCGGACCGUAACAAGCCGUACCGCUACGUCUGGAACCGAAGAGGCCUAAGGAACGUCAUCGACGAUCCGGAAGGGACGGAUUACCUUUUGGGGCUGUUCGAAGCGUCGCAUUGCCAGUACGCCAAAGAAGCUUCGCCCGAUAGCGAACCGACUUUGGAGGAAAUGACUGAAGCCGCGAUAAAAAUAUUGGAAAAGAACCAGAACGGGUACUUCCUCUUCGUAGAGGGAGGUCGCAUCGAUCACGCCCACCACCAGAAUUACGCUCAACUCGCCCUUCACGAAACCGUCGAAAUGGCGGCCGCUGUUCGAAAGGCCGACGAAUUGACCGACGAAAGCGAUACCCUGAUAGUCGUGACCUCCGAUCACGCCCACGUGAUGAGCGUCGCCGGAUAUCCGACCAGAGGGAACGACAUCCUGGGACUCGGGACUUCCCUAGCCGACGACGAUCUCCCCUACGCUACUUUGAGCUACGCGAACGGACCCGGGUACAAGAAACCCGUGGACAACGGCCGUUACGAUCUGUCCUACGACGACCUCUCCGAAACGAGGUACAGAUUCCCCGGCAUGGUGCCCCGCGGCUCGGAAACCCACGGCGGCGACGACGUCGGCAUAUUCGCCAGGGGUCCGUGGUCCCAUCUCUUCAGCGGAACCCUCGAGCAGAACAGCAUACCGCACUUCAUGGCGUACGCUGGGUGCAUAGGGAACGGAAUCACCGCUUGCACGAGUCAGACAUGAGUCGAAGUUUUUGGCAGAAAUGUGUGCUCUUUUUUUUUUGCCCACGAUCCGCGGGGUCCGUGGUCGGAAAAAAUUGGGGCUCGGAGAGCGAAAUUUUCGAAAAUCGUUCGCCCUUGAAAUAUCGAAGACGCUGUGAUUCAUAAAUUAUUUUCUCAAGA